CAGGGCGGGGCCUCGGCCCAGGUGCGCGGCGGCGGCGGCGGCGCUUCGCGGAGGCAGGAAGUGUGUCCCCAGCGGCGGCCCGUGCAGCGCUCCCGCGAGACGCUCACCUGCGCUCCAGGUGCCUGACUGCAACAAAUCUUGCAAUGAGCCAUGCCCCGCCCUGGACACCCCCGCCCAUCAUCUGGGCCCCCACGCUUGGGACCCUGGGAACAGCCGACAGAACUAUGCCUGGAGACUUUUGAUGAGCCGUCCCAACCUCCACCAAGCCGCCGCACCCGCAGGCCAGACCCCAAGGACCCUGGCCACCAUGGGCCGGAGAGCCUUACCUUCAUCUCCGGCUCUGCUGAGUCGGCUGCUGAGCCCCCAGCCUGUUGCCUGCUCUGGCGACCCUGGGUGUGGGACUGGUGCCGGGCUGCCCUCUGCUUCCGUCGCUGCCGGAGUUGCCUCCAGCGUUGUGGGGCGUGCAUGCGGGGCUGCAGUCCCUGCUUAUCUGCUGGGGACUCCCCCGAGGGGGCUGCUGAAGCCAACUGGGCCAAAGAACACAAUGGAGUGCCCCCCAGCCCCGACCGCGCACCUCCCAGCCGGCGGGAUGGCCAACGGCUCAAGUCAACCAUGGGUAGCAGUUUCAGCUACCCUGACGUCAAGCUCAAAGGCAUCCCUGUAUAUCCCUACCGCAGCGCCACCUCCCCAGCCCCGGAUGCGGACUCCUGCUGCAAGGAGCCACUGGCCGAGCCCCCACCCAUGCGGCACAGCCUGCCUAGCACCCUUGCCAGCAGCCCCCGGGGCUCUGAAGAGUACUACUCCUUCCAUGAGUCGGACCUGGACCUGCCCGAGAUAGGAAGCGGCUCCAUGUCCAGCCGAGAGAUUGAUGUGCUCAUCUUCAAGAAGCUGACAGAGCUGUUCAGCGUACACCAGAUAGACGAGCUGGCCAAGUGCACAUCAGACACUGUGUUCCUGGAGAAGACCAGUAAGAUCUCGGACCUUAUCAGCAGCAUCACCCAGGACUACCACCUGGAUGAGCAGGACGCUGAGGGCCGCCUGGUUCGCGGCAUCAUUCGCAUCAGUACCCGCAAGAGCCGAGCCCGCCCGCAGACCACAGAGGGGCGCUCCAUGCGGGGUGCUGCCCCUGCUGCUGCCCCUGACAGUGGCCAUGAGACCAUGGUGGGCUCAGGGCUCAGCCAGGAUGAGCUCACAGUGCAGAUCUCCCAGGAGACUACUGCAGAUGCCAUCGCCAGGAAGCUGAGGCCUUAUGGAGCUCCAGGAUACCCAGCCAGCCAUGAUUCAUCCUUCCAGGGUACAGACACAGACUCAUCAGGAGCACCGCUGCUCCAGGUGUACUGCUAACCCCAACUGGGCCCAGGGAAGCAACCCCUUCUGGGAGAAGUACAGCCCACAGCAUGAAGAGGGGAAGCAGGAGCCCUUUUGGAGGAAGCUGGGCCAUUAAGACCAGAAGCAGUGGCCACCCUGGCUCCUCCCACCUCGGUUGACUGGUUCCUGAACCAUGUGCAUUUCACUGGGCCACGGUGCCCACAUCACCCUGGUUCCCUUGCUGGCCUGACCCCUGACUGGGCCUGUUCCUUCCUGCUCGGUCUUCAGAAGCCCGAAUCAUGGAAAGCGAAGACUUACAGUUCCUUUCUGGGAUUGAAUCCCAGCUCUACCCCAAUUACAUGCACCCAUAAUCAUACAAAGUUCCUCCUCCCCAGGAUGAGGGUGGGGGGAAAGGUGAUAGCUCACAGAAGCUUAUCUUGAAUGGAUUGGGUUGGGGGCAGGCAGGGUCUGUCUGGAAUUCUGUGGGCAGUGCCCACUCCACAUUAUGUUCUACUGGUUCUUGGCUGAUGUUCUGUAUACUAACACGACCACAGUUGCAAGUACAAAAGUAGUAGAUGA